GUUCCUAGAAGUACCUUCGGGGAUUUCAUAUCGUGCUGUCUUUGCGUUGGUGAAACGACUCCAAAUCGCAGGGGCCUGGUUCUUAAGUUCUAAGAUGGCUGGUGAUCCAGCUGAAAAGAAGGAUGCAGACACUGUGGGGGUCAAGGAACGAGAACGUAAACCGAGCCGCUCACGGGAGGGUGAACGCAAAGGCUCUCCUUCCAAGGACAGAAAACCGCGCCAGAGAUCCCGUGACCGAAAUCGCUCCAAAUCUGCAGAGAGAGAUCGCCGGCCGAAAGAUAAGGAUAGGGACAAGGACCGAGACCGGGGCCGCAAGGACAGAGAUAAAGACAGUCAUCGGCGUGACCGCAGCAAGAAAUCAAGAAGUGUGUCCCCCAAAUCAAAGGAGAGGCUGAAGAGGGAAAAGGAUCUUAAAAAAGAGGAUGAUGAAGAAGAUGACAAAAAGAAGAAAGAGAAAGUCCAGCCAUUGUCUUUGGAGGAGCUUCUGGCUAAGAAGAAGGCAGAGGAGGAGGCUGAGGCGAAGCCCAAGUUCCUGUCUAAGGCUGAGCGGGAAGCAGAGGCUCUGAAACGGAGGGAGCUGCAGAUGGAGGACAAGCGGAGGAUGAUCGAAGAGGACAGGAAAAAGAGGAGGGUGUUCCAGGACAUAGGGAGGAAGAUGAUGGAGGACCCCCAGGAGAGGGACAGACGCGAGCGGAGGGAGCGGAUGGAACGAGAGAGCAACGGGAAUGAGGAAGAUGACGGCCGACAGAAGAUCAGAGAGGAGAAGGACAAGGGCAAGGAGCUCCAGGCCAUCAAGGAGCGGUAUCUCGGCGGUAUGAAGAAGCGUCGGCGGACACGCCACUUGAAUGACAGGAAGUUUGUCUUUGAGUGGGACGCUUCGGAAGACACGUCGACCGACUACAACCCCAUUUACAAAGAGAAGCACCAUGUGCAGCUGUAUGGGCGGGGCUUCAUCGCCGGCAUCGACCUGAAGCAGCAGAAGAGAGACCAGUCACAUUUCUAUGGCGACCUGAUGGAAAAGAGACGUACACUGGAGGAGAAGGAGCAGGAGGAGGUGAGGCUGAAGAAGGUCCGUAAGAAGGAGGCCAAGCAGAGGUGGGACGACAGACACUGGUCUCAGAAGAAGCUGGAGGAGAUGACAGACAGGGACUGGCGAAUCUUUAGGGAGGACUACAGCAUCACCACCAAGGGAGGCAAGAUCCCCAACCCCAUCAGGAACUGGAAAGAGUACACCAUGCCCCCACACAUCAUUGAAGUCAUCGAUAGCUGUGGUUACAAGGAACCCACACCUAUCCAGAGACAAGCCAUUCCUAUCGGCUUACAGAAUCGUGACAUCAUCGGCGUGGCUGAGACGGGUAGCGGUAAAACGGCUGCCUUCCUCAUCCCUCUGCUGGUCUGGAUCACUACCCUGCCCAAGAUUGACCGGAUUGAGGACUCGGAUCAGGGGCCGUACGCUGUGAUCCUGGCUCCCACCCGUGAGUUGGCCCAGCAGAUCGAGGAGGAGACCCUCAAGUUUGGGAAACCCUUGGGGAUCCGCACUGUGGCCGUGAUUGGAGGCAUUUCCAGAGAGGACCAGGGCUUCCGCCUCCGCAUGGGCUGUGAGAUUGUAAUUGCCACUCCUGGUCGACUGAUCGACGUGUUGGAGAAUCGCUAUCUGGUCCUGGGGCGUUGUACCUAUGUGGUACUGGACGAGGCUGACCGCAUGAUUGACAUGGGCUUCGAGCCGGACGUCCAAAAGAUUCUGGAAUACAUCCCAGUGACCAAUCAGAAACCAGACACAGACGAGGCUGAGGACCCUGAGAAGAUGCUGUUGAACUUUGAGUCUGGAAAACACAAGUAUAGACAGACGGUCAUGUUCACAGCCACCAUGCCCGCUGCUGUGGAGCGGCUGGCCAGAAGCUAUCUGCGGCGCCCUGCAGUGGUCUACAUCGGCUCUGCAGGCAAACCCCACGAGAGAGUGGAACAGAAGGUCCUGCUCAUGUCAGAGGGAGAGAAGAGGAAGAGGCUUCUGGAUGUUUUGGCACGUGGCUUUGAGCCGCCCAUCAUCAUCUUUGUCAACCAGAAGAAGGGCUGUGAUGUGCUGGCCAAGUCCCUGGAGAAGAUGGGGUACAAUGCUUGCACAUUGCACGGCGGCAAGGGCCAGGAGCAGCGAGAGUUUGCUCUGUCCAACCUCAAGGCUGGAGCCAAGGACAUCCUGGUGGCCACCGAUGUGGCUGGGCGAGGUAUCGACAUCCACGACGUCUCCAUGGUGCUUAACUAUGACAUGGCCAAGAACAUUGAAGACUACAUCCAUCGUAUUGGUCGUACUGGUCGUGCUGGGAAGAGUGGUAUGGCCCUCACCUUCCUCACGAAGGAGGACUCCACUGUGUUCUAUGACCUGAAGCAAGCCAUCCUGGAAAGCCCCGUGUCCAACUGUCCACCUGAGCUGGCCAACCACCCAGAUGCCCAGCAUAAGCCUGGCACCAUCCUCACCAAGAAGAGACGUGAGGAGACCAUCUUCGCCUGACCUGCCAGUCCAUGUUAUCCGACAAGCCCUGGACGUGUCACACAGACUGCAUACUGGGGUUCCAGUCAGAUAUCAUGUCUCUGUAUCUCUGCAUACAUAUUUGCCAGCGAGUCUGUUGAUGGAAAUACUUUUUAUGGCCAUGGGCUAGCUUGCUUUGCAGAAAUGCACAAGACGAUUAGAUUUGUCCUUCUGCAGGAAUCUGUGGCUUCAUAAAAGCCUUUGUGUUUUCUCAUUUUGUCUCGUUUGUAUUUGGACAGAUUUAAAUUGUGUAAAGAGACCAAUGCAUUCUAUUCCUUGUUUUUUUUUCUCAGUCAAAUAGAUGUGAAUUGAUUACAAUGCAAGAUGCUACACUGAUAGCAGUUUUAAGUGAAUUAAACAACGGUCUAAUGGUAUAAAUUGGUGUAGUGUUGAUUUUCAUAAAGAGACAGCAGUGUUAAAAGUACAUAAAAUGUCAUGUUUAUUUUACUUAGUCGUAUUUUGCUUAGCAUUGUAAUUCUAUGUUCAUGUAGAAAGCAUUCUAUACAGCAUCAGGCAAGAAAUGUUCCACUUUUUCCAUUUUUGUUCUCUUCAGAAAUGUGGGAAAGGGGUGUGUUGGAUCACGCUAGCACGCUAUGAUUGAGUUUGGUGGACACAUGGUUAUAUUUAGUGCAGUUAUUGCAUUACAGAGCAACCAUUGAAAAAAAAUAAUAGUGCAAUUUUUUUUAUCUACUUACACAAAAGAGGAAGUCCAAAUGGUCUAAGGCGUCUUCAAUGUUAGGGUUAGUAUUGCAUACAGGAGAGACAAGAGGACAUUAAAGUGUAACCCUUGUAAAAAUUGUGCUUCAUAAAUUGAAAAAAACGUAUCAAUUUCUAUAUUGGUCCGCUUUAAAAAACAUCUUGCCAAAGUACAGUUAAAACAGGGAACUAAAACAUGCAAGGCUGCAUUUUAAUAACUCACUCAUUUCUUUAUAUUAUAAAGGCAUUUUUCUGCCACUUGUUAUAAGAUAUUCUAAAGCAAGUAAGUAUUAGACAACCUUUUCCUAUUGAUCGAUCAAAGUGUUAUACUGAAUGCAUUUCAGUUUCAAUAUAGGUUCAGGUGGUUUUCUUUUCAGAAAUGUUUAAGUGACAAUGUAUUUUGCAGACAGAUUGAAUUGUCUUCACAACAAGAAUAUCACGCAAGAUAACAAGGAGAUUUGUAAUCAAUGCAUUACUAAAGUACUUAAGAAAGAAACAAUCAAGUUUCAUGCAACACUUGCAUAGAUAUAUAUUUCUCUUUUUUUUAUCAUGCUGUGAUUAUUGGAAAAAUACCGAAAACUACAGAAAGAUAAUCGGUGAACGUGGAAGUACUAGACCAGCAGUCUGGCCAAAGUCAGUCCCAAUGAUCCCUGUGCAGACAGGUCUCUUCCCCACGGUGUCCAAUCCAAAUGCUCAUGGACUAAAGGUACAGUCACAGUUGCUACAGCUGUGAAUCCUUUUGGAACACCACACCAAGUUCUUAACAAGAGUCUAUGAGGUGACCUGUUGAAUGUGAGUCAGUGAUUGGCUGAUGGAGGCUGAGCUCUCAUGCACAGGGACACUUAAGGGUCUGCCUAAACAGCUGAGGUUGGUAGACAGUUGCAGUACACACAGACCAACAAAGAUGCAAGGGACUAAAUAGUUUGUGCUGGAAGUGUAUGUAUGUUUGGAGGGUAUUUUCAAACAAACUAAAGAGCAAAUAUUUUAUGAAAAGUGUUGUGAUACUGUAUGUGUGUGAGGGAGUGAGGGCGCAAAUGCUACAAUCAAUCAUGUGCUACAAUCAACUUGAUGACAAUCAUUUGGGGGAAAUGACAUCAGCUAACACCAGGGAGUGCUAGAGGUGCAUGCAAAUAGAGUAUACUUAAAUGUGUGUGAAAGAAUGUGUGUAAACAAGUAGGUUGGCAUUUAAUUUGUCCACAUUUGAAAUAAACUUUCAUUUCAUCAUCCUGA